UGUAUGUCACCAUCAUAGAUUUAACUAAUACCAUACCGGUACUUUAGGCCUAACACCGUAAAGAUGAUUGGUUUCUGAUAUUGAUAUUUGUCUCUAACCAUCAAAAUCAAAUAAUCAAAGAAGUACAGAGUGCCUGGAGAAAAUGGAUGAAACAUUGAUUAAAUUGUUCGCCAGUGAAAGAAUACUGAUAGAUGGUGUGGAUGUCACAUGCACUAAUGCAGCGGAGUUUAUACCUAGGACAAAAAGAAAUAUGGGAUAUAUUGUUGGUGGACUUGUAUUUAACGAUAAAGAUGAGAUAUUGAUGAUGCAAGAAGCUAAAAGAUCGUGUCAUGGCAAAUGGUAUUUACCAAUGGGUAGAUUAGAACCAGGUGAGAAUUUACAGGAAGGUGCAGUAAGAGAGGUAUUAGAAGAAACAGGUUUAACAGCAGAACCAGUAACAGCAUUAGAAAUAGAAUCUGGUGGAGUAACUUGGUUUAGAAUACUAUUUAUCAUGAAACAAACAGGUGGUGUAUUGAAGACAAAGCCAGAUGAAGAAUCUUUAAAAGCAGAUUGGUUUAACCCUGGAAAAGUUUUAAAUAAAGAAAUAACAUUACGAAAGGAUGAUAUACUACGAAUUAUACAGAAAGGAAUAGAAUAUCAAAAAUUACCCAAAUUAGAACAGCCUAAUAUAUUACCAGUUGUACAUCCACACAUACAGAUUUUACAUCGUGUUAUAUUACAUACGUUAACACCAGAAGGUGACCAUGCUAUUUUGGUUAAUACAAAUAAAAAUGUGCAUUUACCGUGUUGUGUGAUGGGGCCUGAAGAUAUUUCUUUAAUGGUUUCUAUUUUUCUAUUAUUUAAGGAUGUGUUUGGUAGAUUGAAACAUCCACCAGAAAUAUGUGGUAUUGUAUCUGUUGAGCAUUGUGGUCAACCUGAAGCUAAAAAUGAUGGGAUGUGCUUAACAUCUCUAGUUCAUACUAAAAAUGUUCUAAAAUUUGACGGUGUUAAUAAAAAGAAUUAUGAUUGGCAUGUGGUUACUGAUACAGAUCUUAUUUCAAAAUUAAAUCUCAUGUUGGCUGGAAAAAAAAUUCUUCCUUUCUUUGAUGUUAAUAGUGGUGUAUUGAAGACAAAGCCAGAUGAAGAAUCUUUAAAAGCAGAUUGGUUUAACCCUGGAAAAGUUUUAAAUAAAGAAAUAACAUUACGAAAGGAUGAUAUACUACGAAUUAUACAGAAAGGAAUAGAAUAUCAAAAAUUACCCAAAUUAGAACAGCCUAAUAUAUUACCAGUUGUACAUCCACACAUACAGAUUUUACAUCGUGUUAUAUUACAUACGUUAACACCAGAAGGUGACCAUGCUAUUUUGGUUAAUACAAAUAAAAAUGUGCAUUUACCGUGUUGUGUGAUGGGGCCUGAAGAUAUUUCUUUAAUGGUUUCUAUUUUUCUAUUAUUUAAGGAUGUGUUUGGUAGAUUGAAACAUCCACCAGAAAUAUGUGGUAUUGUAUCUGUUGAGCAUUGUGGUCAACCUGAAGCUAAAAAUGAUGGGAUGUGCUUAACAUCUCUAGUUCAUACUAAAAAUGUUCUAAAAUUUGACGGUGUUAAUAAAAAGAAUUAUGAUUGGCAUGUGGUUACUGAUACAGAUCUUAUUUCAAAAUUAAAUCUCAUGUUGGCUGGAAAAAAAAUUCUUCCUUUCUUUGAUGUUAAUAGUAAGACCAGAUGAAAUGAUUUGAUUCCUUUGAUAGCUGUUUUAUCUUGGAUAUAUAUUCUGAAUAAUUAAAUAUUAUUGUAUAUGAUGGAUUAUAGUAUUAUGUUCUGUUGAGUAUCAAUCUGAUUAAAACACAGAUCCUAUUUCGUUUCGUUUUUUAUAGUUAAAAAUUUCGUUUUACUUGUCUUUACUACACUAGGAUUUGGAAGAGUUGUUACAUAACCCGCGUUCUGGAUAAUGUCAGGGAUUAGCCAAUGAAACAGUCUGUUACAGCGAGUUUUUGGCGUGAGGUGCACAGAUCUGUGGGUAACCCACUAGAAACAUCAACGUUGAUUGGUUAAUCAAAUGUCUGACAUCAUAGGGUCAAAAGCGGCUUGUAUGACCUCUGACGCAACCUUCCACUACAACCGGUCAGAUCUUCAUGUAGUAGAUGCCAUCGAAAGUAUAAAAAAUGGAAUGAAAUAUAGAUCUGUAUUUUAAUCAGAUUGAUCUGUUCAUAAUUAUUAAUUGCUUAGCAAUGUGCAAUUUGUGUAGCAAACUAUUAUCAUGUGACAUCACUUUUUAACCCAAUUAACAAUUAGUAAUUUAAUCAGAUUGGUUGUAUAUAAUGAUAUCUCUAACAUUUUUAAUAUUGUAAUAUAUUUCUUUAUUAAGAACUUGUCAGACUGAUGUAAUUGCAUUUAAUGUAAUAAAUGAGGUGCAGCUUAA